AUGGCUGGGAUGUGUCGGGAGAGAAGGCGAGCCUUCUGCUGCUCAACCCUGUCUUCUCUGCUUUGCUGGGUCACAGCUGGCAUUCGCUGUCACUCCUGCUACAAGGUCCCGUGUGGACGGGCAGUCUCCUGCCUCCUGGAACCAGGACAACAAUGCCUGACAACAAAUGUGUACCUCGCUAAGAUGUGGGUUUUCUCCAAUCUUCGUUGUGGCACAUAGGAAGAGCCCUGUUGAGAGGCCAUCAACCAAAUGAGCAGAAAGCUGGGCCUGACCUACAACACCACUUGCUGUAACUAGGACAGCUGCAACAGCCGCCCUUGGUCCACCCCGGCUCUGUCUCUUGUCCUCCUCACCUCCUUGGCUGGCUUUGGCCUCUGGCUGCUGCACUGAGACUUGCUUGGUGGCUGUCCCUCCUCCAAGCUGCUGUAGCCUGAGCCUCUCCCUGUGUUCCCAUAUCACCUGGCUUCCCACAGCGGUCUCCCCCUACCUCCCUUUUCGCGGAAAAGCAUUUCUCCAGACCCUUCACCUGUCUUUAAUGGGACAGUUGUCUCCCCACUCUGCUUUUCCUGAGUCCUUCCCACUUCCCUAUAGACCACACCAGAUCUUCCACUGGCCUCUAGAAGGGCUAUUUGCCCUCAACCGUGCCCUACUUGGGGAGGAUUUGGGAUCUGAGCCUGAAAUGAAGCUUCUGUCCUGUCCCCAAUGAAGGCUCCUAGGAAGGACCUGAGGACCUCACCGUAUGAGGCUGAUUCCCCAAACCCUGGCUCCCACAUAUACCCCAUCCCCAUGCUCACCUCUUCCCAGGUUGAUUAAUAAAUGUUUG